GACUUCUACAGUGAUGAAUAUUCCUCCUUCGUAAAUCUUGCAUCCAGAGCUGAUUAUGUAUUAAUGUCUGGAUUUUUGAAUGGUGCUGUUACUCGGGAAUUCACAACAGAGUAGUACAGCAGCUAUUCCUUAUUGCCGUCUCGAACCCUGAUGCUUUUUGGAAUGAGCGCAUGUGGCAGGAAGGCUCUGACUCUGCUCAGCAGCGUGUUUGCUGUAUGCGGUUUGGGGCUCUUAGGAAUUGCUGUUAGCACCGACUACUGGCUUUACCUGGAGGAGGGAAUCAUCCUGCCCCACAAUCAGACCACCGAAAUCAAAAUGUCGCUGCACUCUGGUCUCUGGAGGGUCUGCUUUUUGGCAGGUGAGGAGCGUGGCCGGUGUUUUACUAUAGAAUACGUCAUGCCCAUGAACGUCCAGCUGACGUCUGAAUCAACAAUCAGUGUUCUAAAGAUGAUUCGUUCUGCUACGCCUUUCCCUUUGGUCAGCCUCUUUUUCAUGUUCAUCGGGUUUAUACUGAGCAAUAUUGGACACAUUCGGCCUCACAGAACCAUCCUGGCCUUUGUAUCAGGAAUCUUCUUCAUUCUGUCUGGUUUAUCUCUGGUUGUGGGGCUGGUGCUGUACAUAUCCAGCAUUAACGACGAGAUGCUGAACCAGACCAAGGACUCAGAGACUUACUUCAGUUAUAAAUACGGAUGGUCAUUUGCUUUCUCUGCUAUCUCUUUCCUUCUCACAGAGAGUGCUGGUGUGAUGUCCGUCUACCUGUUCAUGAAACGAUACACGGCCGAGGAGAUCUACAGGCCCCACCCCGGCUUCUACCAUCCCCGUCUUAGCAACUGCUCUGAUUACUCAGGGCAAUUCUUGCACCCCGAUGCCUGGGUGCGCGGACGCAGCCCCUCUGAUAUUUCCAGUGAUGCAUCUCUCCAGAUGAACAGUAACUACCCUGCCCUGCUCAAAUGUCCUGAUUAUGAUCAAAUGUCCUCCUCCCCAUGUUGAAUGCCAAUUAACUCCAUUGCCUACUUGGGAUUAAGAGCAAGCAGCUGCUGUGUCCUGACUCAGUUUGUCGUUUUUAGGCCACUCUUUCAGGACAAUCCUCUAUUUAUAUGAUCAUAAAUGGUGUUAAUCAUUGCCUAGAGAGUGUGGUAGGUUUUGGGUUUUUUUUAAAUGAUACUUACUCUGCAUAUCUGAAAUACAUCUAAGGUCCUGAUCCCCCAGCCAUUCCACACACCCAACAAGUAGUAGCUUUGGAUGUGGAAUAGAUCCAGGAUUGGGUUUAGAGAGGGUUUGAUAUCAAAGAACCACCAGUAGCAAAAAUGCAUUUCAUGGUAGGUGACACAAGCUUGUGUGUUUGUAUCAUUUUGCUGUAGAUUUAUUGGCAUGAACGAUACAUGUACAUUUCUAAGUAAUGGUAUUAAUUAGAAGAGUAUAAAUUGCAUCUUGAUUUGACAUUCACAAUAAUGGACCAUCAUUUCUGUAUAUCAUUUCUAAGUAGGCCAUAAUGAUCAGUAGCCAUCCCUCCCAACUAUACCUCAGGGGAUUUUCAGAGGUCUAUAAUUAUGUUAGGGUCCCACUGACUUUCUGUAGGAGCCAAGACAUUCAUUUAGGGGGUUUGGCAAAUCAUGUCCAAAAACCAUUCAUGUUAGACCUUCCUCCAAUACGGGUUUGAAAACUGUUGACAUCAAGAAAGGCAAAUUCUUGAAACAAGCGGACAGGUUCUCUGCUGAUAUAAACUGUCAUAGCUCCGUGGAAGUCAGUGGCACUCUGCUAAUUUCCCCCAACUGAAGAUCUGGUGGCAAAUUUUAUAUUUUACAGAAAAUAGUAUAUUAUUUCAAGCUUGAUUAAUUUUGCAGCGGACCUUCGUUGGGGACCUCGUUCUUCGUGAAAAAGUCAAUGUUAUACACUUUGGUCUUGGAGGACUGAGAGCUACCAGGAGAUGAAUAUCAGUCCAUUUCUAAAUUUAGUUUGGGGAACUGAAGGUGAAAAUCUAUAUACAGUACUGUUGUAAAAAACCACAAGAUUAUUGAAAAAACGGUGUAAAAAAGUAUGGUUUCUACUCUCGUUGUUUUAACGGCCUCAGAAAAUGUCAGCAUCAGAAAAUCCUGCAGGUGUUUUUUGUAUAUUAUAUUUUAAUUUAAAGUUUGAUUGUACUAAAUGUAAUGCACUGACUUUCAGCGUCAUUACAAUGUAUUUGUAAUGACCCUUGUACUAUUUUAUCAUUACCAUAUAUACUCGAUCAUAAGCUGGUUAGUUUAUAAGCCAACCCUCCCAAGAUGGAUAAGUAAAAAUGGACAUUUUUUAUAACCCGUUCAUAAAGUGACCCUAUAACUCAGGGGUCAGCAAACUUUGGCUCCCGAGCCAUCAGGAUAAGCUGCUGGUGGGCUGAGAUGAUUUGUUUACCUUGAGCGUCCGCAGGCACGAUGGUAAACCUAAGUGAAGAAAGUGUCCCAGUGCGCCAGCUGCUUACCCUGACGGGCCGGGACGGCAACUGGUGGGGAAAUGUUUUUGCGGGGAGAAGCUGAGGGUCGGGAGUAACCCCUGUAACCACCCCCCACAUAACCCCAUCCCUAGCCCGGAACCCCCACACUCUCCCCAUCUCAUCCCUUCCCAUCUUAUCUGGGGAGGGCCAGGGGAGGAUGUC